AUGGCGCCAGCAACUAGGAACAAACCUUCGAAGCCUGCCAAACUUCAAAAAGCUCCAAAAAAAGUACAAAUUGUUCCCGUCAAAGACGAUUCCUCCUCCGAAUCCGAAGAAGAAGCGCCGCCACAGCAGCUCGAACUCGGAGAUGACGGCGGCAACGACUCUGGUUCUGACUCUGACUUGUCUUCCGACGGGGACGAUCAGUUAGCCGACGAUUUCCUACAAGGAAGCGGCGAAGACGACGACGAAGAGAAUGCCUCGGGUUCGGAUUCUGGUUCGGAGUUGGAUUCUGAUUCGGAUGACGAUGAUGAUGAUAUUGAGAAGAAGUCUAAAGCUAUUGAUGAAGCAAGGGAGAGAGAAAAAGAGGACGCUGAGGCUGAAAUGCAGACUAAUAUCCAAGAAGAGUCCGACGAGUUUAGAUUACCAACCAAACAGGAACUUGAGGAAGAGGCUUUGCGUCCACCUGAUCUUUCCAAUCUUCAAAGGAGGAUUAAAGAGAUUGUCCGUGUUCUUUCCAAUUUUAAGGCUUUGAGGCAAGAUGAGUCGACGAGGAAGGAAUAUGUUGAACAGCUUAAGAAUGAUAUACGCGCAUACUAUGGCUACAAUGAGUUUCUAAUUGGUGCUUUAGUGGAGAUGUUUCCAGUUGUUGAACUGAUGGAAUUGAUUGAAGCUUUUGAGAAGCCUCGUCCUAUAUGUUUGAGAACAAACACUUUAAAGACACGUAGACGAGAUUUGGCAGAUGUCUUGAUAAACCGAGGAGUAAAUCUGGAUCCCUUGAGCAAAUGGUCCAAAGUUGGACUUGUAGUGUAUGAUUCUCAAGUACCAAUUGGUGCCACCCCAGAGUACAUGGCUGGUUUUUACAUGCUUCAAAGUGCUAGUUCUUUUCUGCCUGUGAUGGCCCUGGCUCCUCAAGAAAAGGAACGGAUUGUCGAUAUGGCGGCUGCUCCUGGUGGUAAAACAACUUACAUUGCCGCCCUAAUGAAAAACUCUGGAAUAAUUUUUGCCAAUGAAAUAAAGGUACCACGACUAAAAUCUCUGACUGCAAAUUUGCAUCGGAUGGGUGUAUCAAACACUGUUGUCUGCAACUAUGACGGGAAGGAGCUUCCAAAGGUUAUGGGUCUCAAUUCUGUUGAUAGAGUAUUAUUGGAUGCCCCUUGCAGUGGAACUGGGGUUAUAUCCAAAGAUGAGUCAGUUAAAACAUCUAAAAACUAUGAAGAUAUUAAGAAAUGUGCCCAUCUACAAAAGGAGCUCAUUCUUGCUGCAAUUGACAUGGUAGAUGCUAAUUCAAAAUCUGGGGGAUACAUUGUAUAUUCUACGUGCUCAAUCAUGGUUGCCGAGAAUGAAGCAGUUAUCGAUUAUGCACUCAAAAGGAGGGAUGUUAAACUGGUUCCUUGUGGACUUGACUUUGGGCGUCCAGGGUUCACCAAAUUUAGGGAACUGCGUUUUCACCCUUCAUUAGAUAAAACUAGACGUUUCUAUCCCCAUGUACACAAUAUGGAUGGAUUUUUUGUUGCCAAGUUGAAGAAAAUGAGCAACUCAAAACUUGGUGCAAAACCAUACGAAACAUCUGAAAAGGGCGAAGAAGAAACAGAGCUUGUGAAAGAUGAUGAUAAACCAAGUAAUGGCAUAACUGAAACAUCUGAAAAUGACGAAGAAGAAACAGAGCUUCUGAAAGAUGACGAUAAACCUAGUAAUGGCAUAAAAGAAAACGGAAAACAAUCUUUGGGAUCUGAAUCUAAAAAGAGGAAAAGUGAGAAAUUCCCUUCAAAACCAAGUAGUAAUGGUGUAAAUGCUAAUGUGAAAGCAUCUUUUGAACCUGAAUCCAAGAAAAGGAAAUUUGUGAAAACGAAAUUUCCAUCAAGAGAGGAGAUUUCAAAGUCCAGGGAGGAGAAGAGACUUGCUUUAAUAGAAAGCAAGAGAAAAGGUAUUAAGCAGCCAGAAAACAAGACAACAGGAGAAAACAAGAGAAUAUGGGCUAAGAAACAAAGAAAGGGUGGUAAGAAACAAAGAACAAAAUGA